CUCAAACAACAACAAACAUUUUUAGAUUCAAAUUUUCUGCAUUUUUAAAUUGUUAAUUUUUUUAUAAAAAGUACAGAGGCAGAGAUAUCAAACUCAACAGUCGUACAUUAGUGAUUUUUUUUGUUUCGUCCCGCGCCGUCAAGCAAUGUUGAAUGUGUGCCGUCUGUGUCUCGCAAGCGACGCCACAUUUUCGAUUUUCAAUGGCCAAACAGCCCUUAGGAUAAUGGCUUGCACUGCUGUCGAGGUGCAGCCAAACGAUGACCUGCCGCAUAGCAUCUGUCCGACGUGUCGUUUGCGAGUCGAGGAGUACUAUGCGUUUCGCAAACGCUGCCACGCCGCGGACAGGAGACUGCGGCAUAACAAGGUGCUGCAGAGCCAGGACCCGAAAGGCGGGCUGUUAGACAGUUUGUUGGCAGCCGAGGAGGAGAGUGAGUUGAACGAUGUGUCGGACUGCACAGCCACUGCCUGCUCAGAGAACAACGCCCAGUGGCGCAUGCAGACGGCUCUCCUUAUCCGCACAGAAAUCGAUUCCUACAAAAAGGAGCUGCUGAACGUAUGCAAGCAGGAAGUGCGUGCCGAGAUCGAACAAGAGGUGCGCCAGGAAGUGGAGGAGCUAAUUGUAGAAAACGCUAAGAAAAAGUGCCGCAUCAGCAUCCUGGAUGAUUUGUUCUAUGAAAUGGAGCGAUUCUUCUUACGCAAACGAAACGAGACGCUGAACGGUAGUUUCAAGGGCUCGCAGAGCUUCUUCUCCGACUCGGACACAAUGCAACUGGGCAGCAUUGCGUCCUCGAACCAGGUGAUGGCGUUUGAAGGUUCCGACUUCUACGCAUCUGAAGCUCAGACAGAGGCAGCUACCGUACAGGAGGAGGACAUGAAAGAUGCCAAUGUAAGCAUUGUGGAUCUCGUGGAAAAUGAUCCAGACCCGAAAACUCCACCGAACACAGCACCAGCCUCAGUCACAGCUCCUAGACAAAUUGUGCCAGUGACCAUGGUGGAAAUACCCAUGACGGGUUCAGAAUUGAAUCACUUGCGAGAAGAUUUCAGACCCGAUAUCUUCCUGCUCUCUGCAUCUACCACUGAAGUAACGAAGCCAAAGCCUCCAUCGCUCAAGAAAGUAUCUCAGCAAAAGAAAAAGGAUAGCCCAUGCCGCAAGGAACGUGGCAUACUAUGUCGGAAGCACAGCAAACGCUACGACCCAGCAUCCGUGGACACUGCCAACUGUGUGCGCUGUCGUCUCAGACGCGGAAAUAGGCGUAACUCCACUGUGUCAUAG